GAGGAGGAGGAGGAGGAGGAGGAGGAGGAGGAGGAGGAGGAGGAGGAGGAGGAGGAGGAGGAGGAGGAGGAGGAGGAGGAGGAGGAGGAGGAGAAGGAAGAAAAGGGGGAGGAGGAGGAGGAGGAGGAGGAGGAGGAGGAGGAGGAGGAGGAGGAGGAGGAGGAGGAGGAGGAGGAGGAGGAGGAGGAGGAGGAGGAGGAGGAGGAGGAGGAGGAGGAGGAGGAGGAGGAGGAGGAGGAGGAGGAGGAGGAGGAGGAGGAGGAGGAGGAGGAGGAGGAGGAGGAGGAGGAGGAGGAGGAGGAGGAGGAGGAGGAGGAGGAGGAGGAGGAGGAGGAGGAGGAGGAGGAGGAGGAGGAGGAGGAGGAGGAGGAGGAGGAGGAGGAGGAGGAGGAGGAGGAGGAGGAGGAGGAGGAGGAGGAGGAGGAGGAGGAGGAGGAGGAGGAGGAGGAGGAGGAGGAGGAGGAGGAGGAGGAGGAGGAGGAGGAGGAGGAGGAGGAGGAGGAGGAGGAGGAGGAGGAGGAGGAGGAGGAGGAGGAGGAGGAGGAGGAGGAGGAGGAGGAGGAGGAGGAGGAGGAGGAGGAGGAGGAGGAGGAGGAGGAGGAGGAGGAGGAGGAGGAGGAGGAGGAGGAGGAGGAGGAG